AUGGAAGAAGAUUAUAUUGCUUUUAGUAUUUCUGUUCUAACUUUAUUUCUUCUUACAUUGUAUGUCUCUGAGGCAGAAGGACAAAGGCAACCGCUUGUUUCAGCUCUGUAUGUGUUUGGAGACUCGACCAUAGAUCCUGGUAACAACAAUUUUCUAGAGACUAUUGUCAAAUCCGAUUUCCCUCCCUAUGGAAGGGAUUUCCCAUACGGUCAACCUACUGGCAGAUUCACAAACGGAAGAUUAAUUACAGACCAGCUAUAUUUGCUGCCUGCAUCUUUGGAUCCCGAAUUUCAAGGACAAAAGCUGAUGACAGGAGCCAGUUUCGGUUCAUCUGCUUCAGGAUAUGUAGACAGUACAUCUACUCCUUUGAAUGUUUUGCCACUGGAGAGACAAGUGAAAAAUUUCAAGCACUAUAAAGUACGGCUUGCAGAAGAAUUCGGGUAUGAAACUACCAAUAGGACAAUAGCUCAAGCAUUAUUUGCUAUAAGCGGAGGAACUAAUGACUUUGCCAAUAAUUAUUUCACAAGUCCUCUAACCAGGAAAAAGUAUACCGUUGAACAGUUCCAAGAUCUGCUUCUGGAGUCUCUAACCGUGUUUAUACAGGUCAAAGUUUUCUCUUAUAUGACUACAGUUUCUUUUCACAUUUUCAAAAUUCUUAGAUGUAUAAACUUAGUGCUUUGUGAUCAGAAUGUUUACAGCGAGGGUGCUACUACAGUUGCCAUUGUUGGGCUUCCUCCUUUUGGUUGUUUGCCUUCACAAAUUACUCUCCACAACAUAGUAGAAAAUACAUGCGUUGAGGAGUUUAAUGAGGUUGCGAGCUCCUUCAAUGCCAAGAUCAAAGCUUUAGUAGAGAAGAUGAGGCCCAAUUUUCCUCGUGCUCUUAUUGCUUAUUUAGAUAUAUACGAUAAGCUCUUAGACAUUAUUAAAUCUCCCACCAAGUACGGUUUUGAAGAGCCCAGGAAAGGUUGUUGUGGAACGGGUUUGUUGGAGGCAGCUAUAUCAUGCAACCCUAGCACAAUAAGUUGUUUAAAUCCAUCCAAGUAUGUGUUUUGGGAUAGCUUUCAUCCAACAACUGAAUGCUAUCAAAUCAUUGCCAAUGACUUGUUCCAGCAAUAUUUAGCUUUUUUCAACUCAUCAAUGCCAAGAAGCUAA